AUCCAUCUCAAUCCUUGUUACAGAAGCAGCGAGUAAGUUAUGGGUGGUGGAGCAGCCAUGAGAGCGGCCGCGAAGGUUGCUGGGUUAGGGGUCUCGAACGGUGGCCUUCGUGGUGGUGGAAACCACGUGGUUUCCGCCGCUCGUCGUUCCGUUGCGUCUGGGGUUUCUUCUUCAGAUGAUGUGAAAUUGGCCAUUGCUAAUAAGACGACGAAUUCGUCGGUAGAGAAGGGUUAUGAUGAUUGGGAAUUUGCAGACGAGCUUCUGAACGAUCCGAUGCCUAGGCUGGUGUUUGGUGGUGCGCCGACUAUUCAAGAGGCGAAACAAGCCACCUCUGAUCUCGGUGAUGCUCUUGACAAGACUUAUCUGUCUUCAAAUGAUCAAAAUUCAUCGCUUCUGUUUGAUUUGGAGCAUGUGGAGACUAAACCUUGUCUUGUUACCGACACUUGUGCAUCAAAGCAUGCAAUCCAAGCUUUUAGGCUUCUUCAUGAAAAUACUGAGGCUCAGAAUGUUGUGGCCUCAAUUGCUUCCGAUCCAAAUGUGUGGACUGCUGUUCUAAAAAAUGAGGCGCUCGUGGAUUUCUUGCAGACCCAUAAGACCAGUGUUAUUUUCCCACAAGUAAAUGAUGAGAGGAGCCCAGAAGCAAGUGAAUCCAAAUCUGCAUCUGGAAAGGGUUUUAGGGAUUAUGUGGAGGACAUCAAGCAGAAGAUCAGUGUUACAGUGGUCGAUAUGAUGACCAGCUUCUCUGAUACCUUCCUGUCCCUUUUUGCUGGUGGUUCAGCAAAAGGCCAAGAAUAUACCAUGAAUCCAGAUGGAACCGCUGGAAUAUCUGUGGAGAAAACCACCAUUGCAGCAACUCUUAUGGGAUUGGCGAUCAUGGUUAUCACUGUCGUUGUUCUUAAACGUGCUUAAUGUGUCGCAACUGCUUUAGCAUUAUGAAUUCUGGGUUAUUAUUGCAAUGACAGUUGAAUGAUCAUGUUAAUAUGUUUUUUGCUUGAAA